AUGCCUCGAAAGGGUACUCCGGUUGCUGACAAGGAUGCAUUGCUCGGCUUAGCAAAGUCAUGGGAGAAGGCUAAGCUUAUCCGGGGGCAUCUACUGAAAACCGGAAAUCUUUUGAGGUGGCCUGCUCCAAACAAAGUCGGUUGCAUCAACUUCGAAACGAUGGCUUUGAACUACAAAGUUUUGACCAAGCUGCUCCACAUUUGGUUGCCCGCGAUCGACACUCUCCGUUCAGUGAACAUCUUUGCCUGCAGGGAGGAGGUUACGAAACUGCGAUCGAGCUUGUCGCUUCCGGAUGAUGCUGUCAAGGUGGCAUGUGAUGCUGAGUCCUUAAAGAACUUUAUGUCGUACAUUGUAAAGCGCCACGACGGAGCCGCACGAAGAGACCCCCAGGUCGCAAAGCUGUUCGAAAUCACUAGCAUGUAUUUCCAAGUCGUCGAGAAGGACGAAGCCCCGCCGCCAGCCGAUGAAGAUGUUCAUUCGGAGGAUGAUUGCAAGGUGGAAGAGAUGCAGGAGCCGGAGGAAGAGGAUUUGGAUGACAUUGAUCUGGCUCGUGCUUUGGGGGCUGCUCGUGCUGCCUCCAUUGCAAGCAGCUCGGCUGCUUCCUUGCACACCGGCCUCACGGCCGACCUCGAGAUGAAGGCGAACUUGAAAGAUUCGCCGGAUGUCAGGAUUGUGACCCCGACACCUCGCGACGUGCUUGUCAUGGACAAGCGACAGAAGAUAGAGGCCCUGAGGCAAGAGAUUGAAAAGAGGAAGAGAUCCUUGCAGUGUGCCCGGCCGUGGAAGCACCGGAAACUUGCAGUUUCUGAGCAAGAGACUCAGAUCGUGGACAUGUCGCCCAUUUCCAAGAAUUUGCAGGAGCUGUUCAAUGAAGCUGCAGAUUCGGAGCCUUUCCAGGAUUCGGGUGCAAGUGCAUCCGGGGUUCGUGCAGCUGCUUCUGGCGAGAUCGAGGAGGAUGUGAAGCCUGUUGCAGACGGCCCGCCGGACCCGGAGGACCUUUUCAAUUGCGAGGCCAAAGACUUCAUCACACGUGAGUCGCAGUUUGCGAAGAAGCCGGACGACGAGGACGAUGAGAACGACAUGGAGAAGGCAUCGGCAAAAGGCGAGGUUGAGGCUGAGGAAGGCUCGGGCAAGAAGAAGGGAAGGCCUCGGAAGGCCGUGACAGGGGAUGAUGGUCUCGAGACAAAGGCCAAGGCCUCUGACGAGAUGGAGAAGAAGGAUGAUGAGCCCGGCGAGGUCGUGGAUCCCGAGGGCGGUGACGACGACACGGAUCGGCCGGCAGAGUCGGCCCCUACGAACCCGAAGAAAAGCACGAAGCCCCGCAAGCCCAAGACGGAGCAGACAAGCGAGCCGAAGGCCACGAAUGCUAAGGCUGCUAAGAAGGAGCCGGAGGCAAAGGAGGGCGACCCCAAGCCUAUCUUCGCUCGCCGCUAUCGUCCCGGGUUCUGUGUCUUCGCUGGCAAACGAUGGGAUGCCAUCAAGGAUAGCUUCGAGUUACACAUUGAGAGUCGGGUCCGGUGCCCUUCCACAGAGGCGGGAUAUGAGAAGAAAGCCUGGGACUCAUCACGGCUCGCGAAAGUUUGUGCAACAGCCGCAGAAUCCUUCUUGGCCCUCGAGUCCACUCAGA